AUGUGUAGUGGGUUGUUGAGGUGGCUGUCCUCUUUUGACGUGGGGGGUGCCUUGGCAGUGAGUUUGACACAAGGGAACGGCGCCAGCUGCGCGUCCGUGCGGUCAGGGGUGAGGAGGUGGGGCCUGGAGGGCCUCGAUAACGAUGAUGGGGAUGGAGACAACGACGCAGAGGCGCCAGGAAUGGGGCCGUGCUGCAGUUUCCGGGUGCUAUCGGAGCACGAGCAUAGCAGCAAUUGGCACAAGGUUGUCUUUCAAACGAGGCUUGAGAGGGCUGUGAGCAAACAGCAGCGGGAAAUUGAUCGUGAACUGUUGAAACGACGCCGUUGGCUGAAGCGGCAGGAGCAAAAGAUUCAGGAAGACUAUGAAGCUCAGCUUGCAAAGCUGAAGAAGCAGUGUGAGAAACAGCUGCAGGACAAGUUGGCCAGGCAGCUGCAACGAGAGCGACGAAGGCAAGUGCUGCCAUUGGCAUCGAAAGCCGAAGCAACCCCUGAGGCGCCAAAGCCAAACCUUGCUGCAACAAAGUCAACAAAACAGCAAGAACGAGAAGCUGUGAAACCUGUAAAACCUGAGCCUGGGAAGUCGAGCCUCUCUGAACCAUGCACCAGCACAAUAGAGCAGCCUCGACAAGAGCAGCCGCAGUUGAAGGCACCAGCUUUUCAGGUCCCAAGUAAGCCCGAGCAGGACAGAAACGGAUCCGCAAUCACAGAGGUGCAAGAUCAGAGCAAGCGUCCCACAUCCCAGUCUGGCAUUGGUCUGCUUGGCCAAGCUCCUGCUACAGACUUUGCUUUGGGCUCAACUCAUCAACCUUUGAGGUUGGCACCCAGUGUGCAGUCUGGCACACAGCCCUUGGUUCAAAUUGGGGUGUCAGGAGCAGCCCCUGUGACCAACUUCCCUGCCACUGUGGCACCGCUGUUCCCUUCCACAGGUAAUGUGUUUGGACACAAUGCUUCUGCCAGCAGCAGCACCAUUCCAAGCCAACAAGCACCUGUGCCUCAGCUGCCAUUCACAGCUACGAUGCAGCAGGCACCUGCACCGAUGUCGCAGCCCCCCAUAUCUUCGUGGCUUCCAACAGCAAUCCGAAGUGGCGACACCAGAAUGGAGACAUCAAACCAGUCCAAGCCCAUCUUGCCAGUGGCGUCGCAGCCACCAGCAGGCAUGCAGGAGCGUGUGCAGGUUGUCCAGACCCCGCCUGAAAGGGCCGAUGGUUUAAAGGUGUCAUUGUCAGCAGUGGAGUUCGAGAAGCUCUACGCAGACGAACUGGAGGUGGCAAAGAACAUGGCCAGGCCCUAUGCCGAGAGCACCGCUUGUGGAAAGGAACGGCGGCAGGUCGACAAAGAGCUGAAAAAGCACAUUGUUCAAUUGGCAAGGACGAGGGAGCAGAUCAGGGAUAAGUCAAGAGACAUAACUUCACAAUUCAGCAGCAUCUCUAAGGAGGACGCCCGCAUGUAUGCGUACUUGUCAUUUGUGGACAAGCUGUUGCACAAAGUGAGCGACAACAUGAUGGACUCCAUGGUGUACCCUGUGGCUGAGGUGGCUGUUGGCGUUGCGACGAGGCACCCUGUUGUGAUGAACAUACUGCUGGGCCGCCUGCAUGAGGUUUCCAUCCUCACUGUCCCGAAGUACUAUGUCAGGACGCAGCACGUGGGAGCGCGCAAGUACAUGGAGGCCAUGGGGUACCGAGAGAAGGAAGACGGGGCUCGGCAGGAGACAGACGAUGAGUUCAUAAAGCGACAGCAUGGGUACUUGAUGCUCUACGCUGCCAUAACACAGGUGGAGAACAAAGCAAACCCACAUGGCGUCGACCACGCAUGGAAGUAUCUCUCGCGGCUGCUGAACACCAUGCCUCCAACACGGAUUACAGCAUCCGCAUUGGACUCGUUUGUAAAGGUUGCGGGCUUCAAACUGUACGAGACGUACCGCGGCCAAUUCGUCAAACUCCUCCAGUACAUUGACAAGUAUUUCCUCAAACGCCUGGAGAGCAGCGGUGACUCCGAAGCCAGGGCAGUGUACAACAGGCUGCACAACUAUCUGGUGCGCCAGAAAUUCACAGAGGAACCAGAGGACCACUUCAUUCCGGAGAGAGACAAGUCUCGCAACGAAGUGACCUGA